GACUACAAUACCAUUGCAUCUAAAGAAUUUGAAAAUAUUGAGCUAAGAGAAAAAAUUGAAGGUUUGGAGAAAGAAGAGCCGAUAGUUCUUGUCCGAGAGAUGAAGGAAACACUUGAGGGAAUGAAAAGUCUCGUUGGGAUCAUAUCAUCACCAGCAGUGCACAGUCAACUAAAUGUACAACCUCCAGGUUUUGGUGUUCCAUCGCAAUAUUUAAGUAGUCCAUCGUCAAGUUCUUGCCACAUCGGUGCAAAAUUGGUAAAACUAUGGGGAGAAGUUUUCAUCUGCGAAUCUGUGCCUAAAAAAGUGAAAACAAUCUUGAAGUCUAGUGGUCAGACAGAGUUUUCUCGGAAUCGCGCAGUUACUGUCAUCUUGGAAAAUUUAUUUUCACCUGAGCAACUGGCAAAUAUGUCACUGUCAGGCAGAAAAAGUCCAGGAAUUCCUGACGCUAUUCCAAAACCGAAAAUUCCGGACAAAAUCCAAGAGGCUAUUCACAAUUUCAUGCAAGCAGCAUGGGACGAGGCAUUUUCAAUCAAGGAUGAAAAAGGGAGCGUUACAACUAUGGCUGUUCUAUCAACCACCCAAAUCGAUAAGGCAAUUGGAGCAAGGUUUAUUGGCCUGUCACACCCACCUAAAAAAGAAGAAAAAUCCACAAUCUCAGGAAGACCAUGA